UGCUUUUCGAUCCCGAAUCUCAAGACCCCGGUGUCCAUUUGUAUUUUGUAUCGUAUCGCCUUUGCGUAUCAUCAGUGUAUCAUCUAAUGAUACGGUUGGAUACGGUGUCUAGUAUUACGAUAAUGUCGAAGAGAAUAAUGUACCCUACAUUGUAAAUAACGCAUGUUCAGUUAGUUGUAAUAAAAUGAAUUAUGGGUCAUAAAAUGAGGUGAUAGAAAAGUUGGAAGCAUUAGUCAAAAGUGAAAAAUAUAACAAACUCUAUCGACAGCAUAACAAAGCGUGUACAGUUACACAAUAAUAAUGAUGCUCCUGAAUACUUUGUCUUGUAGAUGUAUAUCAAAUUCCAUUCACAAAUUACGAAUUGUUUAUCAAUCAUUAGCAAAAAAUGCUAAAUAUAGAAAACCUGUGAUCUAUCAAUCUUUUCAUUCUUCACAGAAAUGUACGUUUAAAGUAAAACAUGCAGUAAGAUUUAGUAGUGAGGAAUUUGUAGCUGAGGCAAACAUAAACACAAAAGUAAAAAAUAAUGUAAUAUUAUAUAAAAAUGAAAGGACACGUGAUUUCAUGAUGUUAAAAGUAGUUUUCUAUGGAUGGCUGUUCGUGGUUGGUCUAAUGGGAGCUGCUUCUUAUGAUCCUAGAUAUAUUAAGACAUGGUCUAAUUAUUCAAACUGGUCUGAUUAUUUAAGAGCUAAUGGAUCAGGUUUAUUAUACUUUGGAUAUGCUGUUCUAGUAGGACCCUUGGCCUGUGUUUUACUAUACACUUUGAAUGAAAGGAUUAUAAGAUACAUCAUCUUACACAAAGGUGGUAAUAAAAUAACUGUCAUCACUAAUCAUUUAUUUAAAAGCAGUCACAGUUUGACUAUUCCUGCUGGUGAGGUGCAAUCUACUUUAUCGAGGGAAAAUAUGAAAAAUUACUUACCAAUCAAAAUCAAAGGCAGAAGCUUUUAUUUUAUUCUUGAUGGUCAAGGAAAGUUUUUAAACGCAAAAUUAUUUGAUCAUACUGUUGCAUGUAGAAAAAUGUGGAGGAAGUAAAAUAUAUCUUAUAUUUGUUACAGAUUAUUUAUUCUAAAUAAAUAUUUAAUUGUAACAUGA